AACACAUGAGAGCAGGGAGGGGGAGGAAGAUGGGGGAGGAAGAGGGGGGAGGAGGAGGAGUAGAGAGCUUCGUGUGAGUGCUGAGCCUCGUGUCUCUGUGUUUCACACGACACCUGAAGCUGCCAAUAUCUGAUCGAUCAGGGAUCUUUAGGUGAGGGAGAACCCUGAGGAGACUUCUGCAGCUCUCAACGUCUGCAGCAGGAACUAAAACUCCUGAAAGUGUCGAAGUCCGACUGAGUGCGGCUGUGGCGGGACGGCGAGGAAUCUGAGCACACUAUAAUGUACUGAUGAAUCUUUCAUAAGAGCUGAGCGGAGCCCGACAGGCAGCUUCAUCCCCGAAGUCUUCAUCACAAGGACCAGAGCGUCCGCAUGGAGUCCAGCUUCAGGCAGUACAAGUCAAGCAAAACUUGUGUCAGUGUUCAGGAUGGUCACAGCUGAAGGAGCUCCACUGACUCUGAGAGCGACUCUCACUUCUCCUGCUGUGUAGAUGUGUUCAGGUGUCUCAGCUCCAACCAGCCGGUGGCCUGCCCUCAGCUCAGGAGGAGCGACUCCUGCGUCUACCUGACACCUCCAGUGCUGACGAGCCCUCAGGACACAUCAGCAGGACUAGCUCAUUAGCUGCUUGAUCUUCUGGGACCAGACCCCUCUCAGGACCAGGACCAAAGAGCAGCUCAGGGAGUCUGGCUCCAGGAGCCUGCAGCAAUGGUUGAUGGGAAGCGGCAGAGUAGCGCGGUGUCGCCUCUGGAUGGAGGGUGGGGCUGGGUGAUCGUCGGCUGCUGCUUCAUGGUGACGGUCUGCACGCGAGCAGUGACCAGGUGCAUCUCCAUCUUCUUCGUGGAGUUUCAGGCUCAUUUUGAUGCCGACUACUCAGCUACAGCCUGGGUGCACAGCCUGGUGGACUGCACCACCAUGCUCUGUGCUCCUGUUGGCAGCCUGGUCGGGAACCGCUGGUCGUGUCGGGUGGCUGUGAUGCUCGGUGGCCUUCUGUCCUCCUGUGGACUCCUCCUCAGCUCCUUCAGCACCAGUCUGGAACUCCUCUACCUCAGCAUGGGAGUCCUGACAGGUCUGGGCUUCGCCCUCUGCUACACGCCGGCCAUCGUCAUGGUCGGCUGUUAUUUCCGCCAGCGGAAGGCAUUGGCCUACGGCCUCGCCAUGUCGGGCAGUGGCAUCGGCACCUUCGUGUUGGCGCCGGCGGUGCAGCUGCUCAUCGAGCUGUACUCAUGGAGGGGGGCGCUGCUCGUCCUCAGCGCCUUCGUCGCCAACCUGUGCGUGUGUGGGGCACUGCUCCGACCAAUCACACUGCGGGAGCACGAGGAGGAGACGAAGGGAGAGGAGGGGGCGGAGAAACUGGGUAACGUCUCGUCACAGGACGCCGAGCUGGCAGUGAAACUGUCCAGCCAAUCAGGAGACAGCCUUUUAUCAUCAGGCAGGUCUUCGUCACCUUCGUCUUCGCCCCUGCCUCUCCUGUCAGGAAACCCCGCCCCUCAGCUGCAGAGGAGGCGGUGCUUCAGCUCCUGCUUCCUGUCCAGUAAGGAGUACCGCUUCCUGCUGCUGCCGCACUUCCUGGGCCUGGCUGUGUCCUUCCUGUUCCUGGCCACAGGCUGCAGCCUCCCCUUCAUCUACCUGGUGCCCUACGCUCUGAGCGUCGGCGUCAGCCACCAGCGGGCCGCCUUCCUCAUGUCCAUCCUGGGAGUCAUCGACAUCGUGGGGAACAUCACCUUCGGCUGGCUGACGGACAGGAGGUGUCUGAAGCCGUACCGUCUGGUCUGCUACAUCUUCUCGGUGGCGAUGGAGGGCCUCUGCUGCCUCUUCACGCCGUUGCUUCGAUCCUUUCAGCUCCUCGUGCCCUUCGCCGUCCUGUAUGGUUACUUCGACGGUGCCUACGUGGCGCUGAUCCCUGUGGUGACGUCAGACCUGGUGGGGACUCAGUACCUGUCAUCGGCACUGGGCGUGGUCUACUUCCUCCAUGCCAUCCCAUACCUCAUCAGCCCACCGGUUGGAGGUUGGCUGGUUGACAUCACAGGAAGUUACAGGGCCACCUUCUCCCUCAGUGGUGUCGCCAUGCUGGUCAGCUCACUCAUCCUUUCUGUUGUUGCCGGGAUACGCCGCUGCCGCACCAAGUAUGAGCCCCGCCCCCCCCAUCCUGUCUGACCAAUCAGAUGACUUCAUUGUCUUCACAAAGGAGGGACAACCAAUUUGGCUUUAUGGACUGGAGAUGGUGAUGAAGGCUCUGAUUGUUCAUCAGCAUCGCUAACGGCAUCAUUAGCAUUCUUCUCAGUGACUGUCUCAACCUUCACUUCCUUCAGCCAUCUGCCAGUGCUUUUAGUUUCACUUCCCUCCAUCUUGUUAACAUCAUUUUAUUCCUGCGAUUUUAUUUCAAUUCUGCAUUUUCCGUUGAUAUUCUAGAUUACUGGAUUACAGUCUUCAACUGCAUUCGGGCAGCUGUGUAAACCAAAUUUCAUGUUUUUAUUUUGUAGCAGAAAACAAAGCCACAAGCUCAGUCACAGGACGGUGACGGACAUGUGGACAAGACUAUAAAGAGACGAAAGACGCCAACAGGCUGCUGCCGGUGUUCUCUAACAGGAAGUCAUACAAAUACAAACACAAACUGAGACGUUUCACCAGCUGAGACACCUCAAAGUGUGAUGGAGUGACAAAAUCUGCUUUAAAAGCUUGUGAAAGGUCUCUUUAAAGCUGCGGGGAGCCAACCAAAAUGUUUCUGCAUGGAGAGCGGAAAUGACUGAUCCAUUCAUCGAUUGGCAGAAAAGUGGAUAAUCGAUUCAUCGCUGACGUCAUGAGAGGACUCACCAGUCUACACUGUUCAGAUGUAAAUAGUUUGUGCUCGUAUGACAGCAAACGCUCGGACUGCAGGUCUGGGCUUUUCAUUGGUCUUUGGACACUGAGUGACUGAUGGAUGAUUCGAGGAGCAGAUAUGAAGUGAGACACAUUAAAAAAAGGAUUCAGACUCUUGUUGGGUGUAGUUUCACUAAAGUCUCGAAUCCUUCAGUGUUUGUCAACGUGACCCGAAUUUUCAGUCAACACGUGUCAUUCUGUCCUUCUCGCUUUGUGUUUGGGCAUUUCAUUUUCCGCCACAGUAACUUUACUCCGUUUGAGGUUUCCAGAUGAACGAUGGGACCCUGAAUGCAGCACAGGAUUUGAUCUCGGAAACAAACACAUGGUCAUUUGAUCUGUUCAUCGACGAGUCUAUCGGAACCUGACUGUACUCUGAAUAGCGAGAGGAGUUUUCAGGGUUUUGAUUGUGUUAUUGUGUUCUGCUGUUUUUUAUAUAUUCUUUUUAUUAUAAUAAUAACCGUGUGAACGCCUGAAACGUU